AUGACGAACCAGACCACAGUGGUGGAAUUCAUCAUUGUGGGACUGUCCAACAACCACCACGUCAACAUCAUCCUGUUUGCGGUUCUAUUAGAUGUCUUCCUGUUGACUGUAAUGGGAAACAUCAUUAUUGUCACCAUCUCUCUGGUGGACCAUCGCCUCCAGUUGCCCAUGUAUUUCUUCCUCAGGAACUUCGCUCUCUUAGAAAUCUGCUUCACCUCCGUCGUCAUGCCCAGGUUCCUCUACAGCCUCCUGACAGAGAGAAAAUCUAUUUCCCUCCCUGGUUGUUUCCUUCAGUUAUUGUUGGUCUUCUUCCUGGGCGCCUCUAUGCUUUGUCAUGGGGCUGUCAUGUCCUUUGACCGCUACAUGGCUAUCUGCCGUCCCUUGCGUUACAGCACCAUCAUGAAUGGCAGGGUCUGCUUCCAGUUAGUGCUGGUGAUGAGUUUUCUUAUAAUGGUUCCCCCAACAUUUAUGGUUGUGCUGUUACCGUUCUGUGGCCCCAAUGUCAUAAACCAUUUCUACUGCGAUACAGCCGUAUUGCUCCAACUCUCCUGCAGGGACACGGGACACAUUGAGGUAAUGAUCUUGUUUUCAGCAACAGUUAUCUUACUUGGUACUUUAACAGUCACUAUCGUUUCCUAUGGCUGUAUCAUCUCCACUAUCAUGCGCAUCCCGUCCACCACAGGAAGGAAAAAAGCCUUUUCCACCUGCUCCGCUCACCUCCUGGUUGUUGUGAUAUUGUACAGUAGCUCCAUCUUCAGGUACCUCCAACCAGGACAGCGGGGUGUGCAGGACUUUGACAAAGUUUUGUCAUUUCUGUACUGUGUGGUGGUCCCUCUCUUUAACCCCUACAUCUACGCUCUCCGCAACGAACAAAUCAAAGAGUCCCUGAAGGAUGCCUGUGGUAGAGCAGGUUCUAAGUGUUUGAGGUUCUCGUGA